AUGCUGACCCUGCUGCUCAUCCUCGUGCUCAACCACUCUGUUAUGGCAGUGGGUGCCGACCGCGACGACGCCGACGCCGACUUCGACCUGGGCUAUGCUCUUCUUCUUGGAGGACUGUUGGUUCUCCUCGUCUACCGCCUGAUCCCAAGGCCGCAGCGCGAGAUCAGCUACGAGGAGCAGGAGGAUUUUGAGGAGGAAGCCGACGACGCGGUGCCCCAGAAGAACGCCGAGGCGGAGAAGGAUCUCGAUGAAGAUCUUCUACAGGCCGAAUAUAGGCAGGAGAAGAACGGGGAAGCAGACGAUAAUCUCGAGGAAGAUCUUCUACAUGCCGAAUCCCGGGAAGAGGAGAACGAGGAGGCCGAUGAGGAGCUUUCCGCUGAAUACGACGGGCCGCUGCGCAUGAUGCUCGCAAUCGUGGCCACCAGGAAUAUCACACCGAUGCACAUUCUUGCCGGCCCCGGCGGCGACCUAUGGGAUAUUAUACUCGCUGACUGUGCCCAUUGGCUUAAGGUAUCAUUGAUCGGCUUCGGCAUG